CGUUAGCUCUUGAAUCGCCGAUUUGCUCAUUGGCACAUCGGCUUAGAAGGCCGGAAGCGAUCUACAAAGGCAAAAGCCAGACUUUUAUGGUUCGAUGCAAUCGCUUGCUCAACGCUGAAGCGAAGAAUUCGAGUUCACCAUGGCGUGGGAGCUCCUCCUUUGGCUCCUCGCCUUUGCUGCUGUGAUCGCUCUCAUCGGGUUGAGCGCCUAUCAGCUAAUUUGCUUAUCUGAUUUGGAAUUUGACUAUAUCAACCCAUAUGAUUCAUCAUCGCGUAUCAAUGCUGUCGUGAUUCCAGAGUUCUUGGUGCAAGGAAUUUUAUGCAUUUUAUUCCUCCUGACGUGGCAUUGGUUUCCAUUUCUAAUAAUGGCUCCCAUCACUUAUUACCAUAUAAAACUGUAUAUGAAAGGGAAGCAUCUAAUUGAUGUUACUGAGAUAUUUAGAUUGCUGAAUGGAGAGAAGAAAUACCGAGUAAUCAAGCUUGCUUUCUAUUGCAGCAUUUUUAUUGUAGUUAUUUACAGGCUUGUUACAACUUCUGUUCUUUUACUUAUAGAAGAAGAUGAUCAGGCUUUGGAAUCUGGGAUAUUUUAGUAUUUGCUUCUAAAGAUCUGUCAAAUUUGAGGUGCAUUUAACUCGAUUGCCAGCUUCAAGAAGUUACUCUUCUGAAACUCCAGGCAACUUCAAGAAGUAAAUCGAUUAAAAGGUGCUUUGUUACCGGUGAAGCUGCUGUCAUCUGGUGUUGGAUAAUAGGAGGAUGCAUUUGAGAUGAUUUGAGCGUUUACUUUUUUUUUUCUCUGACACUGGUUUCAUCGAUCUUUCACUCUCAUUUGACCAAGAUAUAUUAUUGUGUAUUAACAUGAUGCUGCAAAUUGUUAAGCGUAAAUCUCAUGUUGUCGACUCUUUUA